AUGGAUGGAAAAUUGAGUUCUCAUCUUGAAACUAGUAUAAAUAAUUAUCAAUAUUCAGGAAUUUGGUUUCAAGAUUUUCUUAAGGCAGCAAAUUUAAAUAGUUCUCCAACACAAAGACUUUUAGCUUAUUUGCUUUUACAAAAUUUACAUUUAAUGGUGGCUCAAAUAUCAGAAAACAGAAUUUUAUUGGAACAAGCCGAAGAAUUAAAAUUUACUUAUAUUAUUGAAUGGAUCAAUCCUAUACUUGGGUUGAAUCAGCUUCGUGUCUGGGCACAUUUAGAAGAUAUCGAAAAAGAAUUUUUUAAAAUAUUUUUAGUGAGCGAUUUGUGUUGGUUACUUUGGGCAUUUAAUGAUGAUUCAAAAGGCAAAAGGAAGAAAGUCUAA